UGCCAUUUUAAAAAAAAAGAAACAGUCGGCCACGCUUGCCACAGAAAUCGUUUCACGUUUUGGGGAUUUUUUCCCCUUUGUUUCGUUCCAAUAUUGCUGUAACUACCUCAUUACCAGAGCAAAACAUAAAAUUCACAAGUCAAAAUUCGAAAUGGCUGAUUUAGACGAUUUCUUCGCAAAGAAAGAUCGCAAAAAGAAAGCGGUAAAAAAGUUCGCGACUGCCGACGAAUUAGCUAAGAAACUAGAGGACACAAAACAGAAAACUGAUGUUCGACCUAAGAAGGAAAGGCCUGUACAGGAGGGUGAAGAGGGCGGCCGAGCUGGGGAAGAAGAGGAGUGGAAAGAGUACGAGGAACCCGUGAAAGACUACACGGGGCUCAAGAUCCAAGUGCUGCAAGGCGGCAACGGAGCGCCCGAGUCGGGCGGCCGCUCCGAGUCCGAGGACAGCGCGCCAGACGGCUCCGGCAAGGGCAAGGGCCCGUGGAAUAAGCCUGUGGAGGUGGAGCCGCCGCCGCCGCCGCCGCCCGUGGAGGAGCCGCCGCGGCGCGAGGUGAAGCCGGCCGCGUACGUCGCGCCCGCGCAACGCAAUCGUCCCGUCGAGCCGCUGCGCCGUCACCAGGCAAAGCACGCGCCGGACAUCCACAACGACGACACCUUCCCGGUGCUCGGCGCCGGCCCCGGGGCCAAGCGAGGCGGCUACAGCACCGCCGGCGCCUCGCCCGCGCCCGCCCACCACGCGCGCCAGCCGCUCGCGCUCGGCAACCGCUUCACCACGCUGCAGGACGACAGCUAGCCAGGUGCGUCACAGGACACAGCUCGCCAGGUAGCAAGAAUCAGCUCUGUGAAGCGCAGCAGUAAAGUGAAGUGUCAAAAUGGACUUGUAAGCAAAGCCUGGGCAUAGCAUAUACACCCACACAUUCUAUAUGUAAAGCUAAAUAGAACAAUACAGUGCAUUUCCUACGGUGUUGCCACUCUAGUAUCGAGACAGUUGCUCUACGACAUGGCAAUGUUCAAAGUUAAACUUUUUAGUGCAAUAUCUAAAAGCCUGGCCACUUUUUUUAUUUUUAUAAAGUUUUUAAAUAUAAAAAAAGGUUCUAACACAAUUUGUAGACAAUAAAUCAUUGCCUGAUUCGAGCAUUAAAAAAAACAUUCAAACGCGUUAAAUCAUUAAAAAGCGUAAACAAAGCAACUGUCUUUUAGCAAAGUGUUAAAAUGAGAGUGAAAAAUCUACAUUUGUUAUUUUUUAUGUUUAAAUUGAAAACUUAUGGCAGUGUUUUGUAUGCGUGGUAAGGGACGUUUAGGAAAUUUCGACGAAAAUGCAACUUAUGAAUAUGCCGAAACCUUGAAUGUAAAAUAAAGCGUGGACAUCAAGAAAAUUUUAAUUAUUAAGAAUAAGAAAUCAUUAAAAAUAGAAAGGCGUUUAAAACUUUGGCUCCAUUACGGAUGAAAUGUUUGGUUACCUAAAAUUGUUUUUAAUAUUGCUGUAUGAAUCGGCAAAUCCUUCGGAACAUGUUGUACCAUAGUAAUAAAUUAUGUAUUUAAACUU